GCCCUCUCUGCCAAGGUUGCAGUACAAGCCUAAAGUCACCUCUUCGUGUGGGUCAGGGAGAAGCUAAUGACAGCUAGCCUACCAUCGCUUGCUCGCACACAUUAGCGGACAAGUCUCAUAGCAUCCCUUCCCUUCUUGAUCUUAAAAGCGAUCUAAUCUUUCAGUAUUUGUAACGUCGCAAAAAAAAAAAUAAAAUAGUGUUAGUACGAGCUGUUUCAUUGUAGCUAGCGCCUUGUUUAGCCUAGCUUCUAGCUCUGAGUGGUUGUCAUCUGCCCCCUUCUCUCCAGAUACCAAGCCGCUAUUAUUCAUCAUGGCUGCGUUGAGAGUGUCCUAUCACAGGAUUCUGGACCGGAUUGAGCAUAUGCUGCCUGCCAAACUGAGACCCUUGUACAACCACCCGGCAGGUCCAAAAACUGUGUUCUUUUGGGCUCCGAUGUUCAAAUGGGGCCUGGUUGCAGCUGGUUUAGCUGACAUGACACGGCCAGCAGAAAAAUUGAGUACCUCCCAGUCUCUCGUACUAACAGCAACAGGCCUGAUCUGGUCCAGAUAUUCGCUGGUCAUCAUCCCAAAGAACUGGAACCUCUUCGCUGUCAACUUUUUCUUGGGCUGCGCCGGAAGCUCCCAGCUCUACAGGAUUUGGAGAUACAAUCAGGAUCAGAAGGCUAAGGGGCCAACAGAGUCCUGACCGUCAACAGUGAAGUAAGAGGUCAACUUCAAGCCGGGCCACCGACUGACCUGCACCACAUGUCCCUCUCGUUAUUUGUACAUCAUCACAUCACCAUUUCCACCUAACAUCCAUGCCAGCAACAUGAUUUGACCAUAUUUAGCUAUUUUCCUGCUGGAAAUGUGCACUUUCCCCAAAAGUUCCAAGUUUCUUCAGGGUCUGUAUAUUACCCAUAAAAAAACAUUGUCACCAACGCACACGUUACUUGUUUAACAAGUAGUUUGAUUGUACAUUGUGUUUGUAUAUCAUUUUAAUGUGUAGCAAUCAUUACCUCAUGCAAAUCAUUUCCCAAAACAUGUUUGGUUUUGAAGAAUGUGUCCAAAGCCGUUGAAGGGCAUCAUCAUGUUGCUUUUAAUUGCUUAUUUUUAAUACAAUGAUUAAAUUGCUUCAUUUUAAUAGCUUUAAAUUUGUGAGAAAAUAAUCAGGUAAUUGCUUUAAUUUUUUCUAUUCAUAGUGGUAACUGUUUAACACAAUUUGUAUUAAACCUGUGCAGCUUGUUAGGCUACACAAAGGUUGCUAGCUAACACUGAUACUGAACUUAUCUAAAAUCUCUUUGCGAUUAGGAAUUUUAAAAAAAUAUAUUUGUGUAUAAAUCAACUUAUAAAUUAUACCUUCACCCCCACCGUAAUUAUAAUCCCCUCACUGUAGUGGCAAUAAGUGAUCGGACUUUGUCACCUGUUCUGCUGAACGAUAGAGCAAAUGGCACUUUGAGGCACAGUGGAAAUGUAAUGCCUGUUACGUAUGGUGUGGCUAAUAAAUGCUGUUCAACAAA